UGCGGGGCAGCUGAAUUCUUGCGGCAACUGUACUACGCCUUGGCCAUGUCAUCAAUAUUGCCAUUUACCCCACCUGUCGUGAAGAGGCUGCUGGGGUGGAAGAAGUCCGCUGGUGGCUCGGGAGGUGCUGGUGGGAGCGAGCAGAAUGGUCAGGAGGAGAAAUGGUGCGAGAAAGCUGUGAAGAGCUUAGUGAAGAAGCUGAAGAAGACCGGGCAGCUUGACGAGCUCGAGAAAGCAAUCACCACUCAGAACUGCAAUACAAAAUGUGUCACGAUACCAAGCACUUGCUCUGAAAUUUGGGGACUGAGUACACCAAAUACGAUAGAUCAGUGGGAAACAUCAGGCCUUUACAGCUUCUCUGAACAAACCAGGUCUCUCGAUGGCCGCCUGCAAGUGUCUCACCGUAAAGGAUUGCCGCACGUCAUUUACUGCCGGUUGUGGCGCUGGCCUGACCUUCACAGUCACCACGAACUUAAGGCAAUUGAGAACUGUGAUUAUGCUUUUAACCUUAAAAAGGAUGAAGUGUGCGUAAAUCCAUACCAUUACCAGAGAGUGGAAACUCCAGUUCUGCCUCCUGUCCUAGUGCCGCGACAUACUGAGAUUCUGACCGAGCUUCCGCCACUUGAUGACUAUACUCAUUCCAUUCCCGAAAACACUAACUUUCCAGCAGGCAUCGAACCACAGAGCAAUUAUAUACCAGAAACGCCACCCCCUGGUUAUAUCAGUGAAGAUGGAGAAACGAGUGACCAGCAGUUGAACCAAAGCAUGGAUACAGGAUCUCCAGCAGAACUGUCUCCCAGUACUCUUUCUCCAGUCAAUCACAGCCUGGACCUGCAGCCUGUCACCUAUUCAGAGCCUGCGUUUUGGUGCUCGAUAGCAUAUUACGAAUUGAACCAGAGAGUGGGAGAGACCUUCCACGCCUCGCAGCCUUCACUUACUGUAGAUGGCUUUACAGAUCCGUCGAACUCUGAAAGAUUCUGCCUAGGUUUGCUUUCCAACGUCAAUAGAAACGCCACCGUGGAAAUGACAAGGCGGCACAUAGGAAGGGGAGUACGUUUAUAUUACAUCGGCGGGGAGGUUUUCGCCGAGUGCCUAAGCGACAGCGCAAUCUUUGUCCAGAGCCCCAAUUGUAAUCAGAGAUACGGGUGGCACCCUGCGACUGUGUGCAAAAUCCCACCAGGCUGCAACUUGAAGAUCUUUAACAACCAGGAAUUUGCUGCCCUUCUGGCUCAGUCUGUGAAUCAGGGCUUUGAAGCGGUGUAUCAGCUCACUCGGAUGUGCACCAUAAGGAUGAGCUUCGUUAAAGGGUGGGGGGCCGAAUACAGGCGGCAAACGGUAACAAGCACUCCUUGCUGGAUCGAGCUUCACCUGAACGGGCCUCUCCAGUGGCUGGAUAAAGUAUUGACUCAGAUGGGCUCCCCUUCAGUACGCUGUUCCAGCAUGUCGUAAAUCACCUCCUCUUUAUC